CUCCGCCGGACGGCCGGAGAACCUGCAUGCGCUGAGGACGAGCUCCGCCGGGCGGCCGGGAAUACGCAGGCGCGAAGAACCCGCUCCGCCGGGCGUCUGGGGAACACGCAUGCGCCACGACUCCCUCCGCCGGACGUCCGGAGAACCUGCAUGUGCUGAGGACCCGCUCCGCCGGGCGGCCGGGAAUACGCAGGCGCGAAGAACCCGCUCCGCCGGGCGUCUGGGGAACACGCAUGCGCCACGACUCCCUCCGCCGGGCGUCUGGGGAACACGCAUGCGCCACGACUCCCGCUGCCGGACGGCCGGGGAACACGCAUGCGCCUUGACUCUCUCCGCCGGGCGGCCGGGGAACACGCAUGCGCCACGACUCGCUCCGCCAGGCGGCCGGGGAACACGCACGCGCCAGGACCCGCUCCGCCGCCGGCCGGAGUAACGUGUCCCGUCGGGCCUGGUCGGCGGGGCCGGUCGGCCGCACUGCCCGCCGCGCUGUCUCUGACCCUCGGCGGGAGCGGAGCUCGGGUCCCACGCCACAGCCUCCCUUUCUAACUGGUUCCUUCCUCUCUGGCCUUCAUAAAAAUAACAAAAGGAGCCGCUAUCCUGGUUGCGUGUGGUUGACUGUUACCGCCAUGUCUUCUCACAAGACUUUCAGAAUCAAGCGAUUCCUGGCCAAGAAACAAAAGCAGAAUCGUCCCAUUCCCCAGUGGAUUCGGAUGAAAACUGGUAAUAAAAUCAGGUACAACUCCAAGAGGAGGCACUGGAGAAGAACCAAGCUGGGUCUAUGAGGAAGCAUCCAUCGCACAUCAUGAAAUAGCAAAUAUAAUUGGCACACAUAUUUAAGCUGCAUGGAGAUCACAUGUUCCUAUCCUGUCAAUAUGGAAACACCCUUCCUACCUGGCCAAUAGACAUGUCUUAUUAAGGAAACGUUCUUGUCUGUUCCUAUGCCUCUAUACCAGUAGGCUGGUUCAGUAAUAAAUGCGACACCUUUCAGCUGA